CAGGGGAGAUAAUAAUUGUUUGGAUACGCAUACUAGAAUCUAAGUCGGAGUUGUAACUCAGCGAAAAAUGUGACGUCAGAAGUACUUCCGGCAUGAGAGAUCUGAAACGAGGCUGUAAAAUGAACUCUACUCAAAAGUUGCCAAAAUAGUUGAUAUUGACUGACUAAAGUUUUCGAAGAAGUCAUGUAAAUGAAAGUCAGUAUUUAAAGUUACAGUGUGUGAACCAGUCUGAAGUUUCCUGCCAGAGAUUCUGAAAAUAGACCCCAAACGGGGGUGACCUAGCAACUUUUCCAAUUAUUGGACACUGAAAAGAAACAAACAAGAAAAGAUGGCGACCCUGUCCUUAAAGAUAAGUAUUGUGGGUAACAAUACGGUGAAGACGAUGCAGUUCGAGCCAGGAAUGAUGGUUUUUGACGUCUGUCGCAGUAUUAGAGACCGACUCGAAGGAAUACCCCACCCACCUGGAAAUCCAAAUGAUUUUGGUUUAUUUCUGGCCGAUGAUGACCCUAAGAAAGGACUAUGGCUGGAGAUGGGAAGAUCCCUGGAUUAUUAUCUCCUCAGAAGUGGGGAUCUUCUGGAGUACAAGAGUAAAGUUCGAAUCCUCAAAGUUCGCACCUUAGAUGGCACAGUGAGGAAGAUGCAGAUAGAUGACAGCCACACUGUCGGACAGUUACUUAUUAAUAUUACAUCUAAGAUAGGAAUAACAAACCACGAAGAAUAUUCACUGAUUGUGGAACUACCAGAUGAUGAAAAAGAGAAAACAUUGACAUUAAAGAGAGAUAAAUCUAUAGCUAAAGAUCAGAAGAAGUUGGAGGAGAUGAGGAAAAAAUUGCAUACUGAAGAUGAUAUGAAUUGGUUAGACCAUGCUAAAACACUUAGAGAGCAAGGUAUCAACACUGAUGAGGAGACGCUUCUAUUGAGGCGUAAAUUUUUCUUCUCCGAUCAAAACGUUGAUGCGAGGGAUCCGGUACAGCUAAAUCUGCUAUUUGUACAGACUAGAGAUGCCAUAUUGAAUGGAACUCAUCCGGUGUCUCAGGACGAGGCUAUCAUGUUUGCGGGCAUUCAGUGUCAGAUACAGUUUGGUGACCAUGACGACCAUAAACAUAAACCGGGUCUUUUCGAGAAUAAGGAGUUCCUGCCGAAAGAAUACUGCAAAGUUAAAGGCAUAGAGAAAAAGAUAUUCUUGGAACAUAAGAAGUGGUCAGGGUAUUCAGAAAGAGACGCUAAAGUGAAGUAUACACAGCAGUGCCGUGCCUUAAAAACAUACGGAAUUACCUUCUUCCUUGUCAAGGAGAAGGUAAAAGGAAAGAACAAGCUGGUACCUAGGUUGUUGGGUAUCAACAAAGAAAGUGUUGUCCGUGUAGACGAGAAAACUAAGGAGAUCAUGAAGACGUGGCCUCUUACAACAGUAAGAAGAUGGGCAGCCUCCCCAAAUAGUUUUACUCUGGAUUUUGGUGACCAUGCUGACCAGUAUUACUCAGUACAAACACAGGAAGGAGAGCAAAUUGCUGCCCUUAUUGCUGGAUAUAUUGAUAUUAUCCUUAGAAAGAAAAAAGCAAAAGAUCAUCUGGGUAUUGAGGGAGACGAUGAUGCCCUAAUGUAUGAGGAGAAUGUGUCAUCAGCGAAGGCGACCAUUAUCUCACACCAGUCACAUAAUGUUAGCCACCCACAGACUGGGUCAGUAUCAAUCCCGGGGGUGAUGAGGGAUGGGGGCGGAGGAGAGAAUCAGAUCAGUAUGGGAUCCAUGCAGCAAGCAUUGUUCAGUAUGCAGUCAAACCAGGCCCAUGCUGGUCAAGCUAUUAGACAGAGUCAGAGUUUCCAGGAGCAUGGAUUGACUCAGGCACAGAGGGCGCUGGUGUUGACCAUCGACGACGGAUUGUCUGCCGUAAAUCAGGCCCAGACAGAGCUGGAUCAGAGAAUAGAUUUACCGGAUCUCGGCUCUGAUGCUGCUUCAAGAAAAUGGAAAGAGAACAAUUUAGAUCUAUCUCGACAGAAAGUUUCAGCACAAUUAUCGGCUAUGAAUGCCGCUACAGCCCAGCUUGUAACUUUAACCGGAAAUGAUGAACCGGAUUAUGGUGCAGUAGGUGCUUCAGUUAACCAGAUUUCAUCAAAUCUGGGAGAUUUCACACAUGAUAUUCGUAUGUUAGCUGCUCUACAAGAGGAUGAUAAUCAUGGAACAAACUUGAUGGAUGCUGCUAGAAGGCUUGCAGGUGGACUUUCUGAUCUACUUAAUGCAGUACAACCAGAGAGGAAAGAGCCAAGACAGAAUGUGUUGAAUGCAGCAAGUCGUGUAGGCGAAGCCAGCCAUGAUGUUAUGGACGGAGUUGGAGAAACUGCCACUGACAUGGACAAAGCAUACCAAGAUACUCUGAUAGGUCUUGCCAAGGCUGUAGCUAACGCCACGGCUCAGCUCGUACUGAAAGCUAAGACUGUUGCCUCGACAACGGAGGACCAGGAGAUGCAGAAUCGCGUGAUCAGUUCAGCGACAUCGUGUGCUCUCGCUACAUCACAACUUGUAGCUUGUACAAAGGUGGUUGCACCAACAAUCGGCAGUCAGGCAUGCCAAGAACAGCUUAUAGAGUCAGCCAAGAUGGUAGCUCAGUCAGUGGAAGGUGUGGUAGAUCAAGCUGCCGCCGUCUCACAGGACGAGAAACUACUGCGUGACCUGGGCGAGGCAGCCACAGCUGUCACACAAGCAUUGAACGAUAUGUUGAAGCAUAUAAAACUGGGCGCUGGUCCGGCUAGGGCAUCGGAGUCCCAGGAAGAGGCUGUAGAUACUAUACUGUCAGUGACUGACAGAUUGUUCAGUAGUGUAGGCGAUGCCCACGAGAUGGUUAAACAGGCUCGACAGCUCGCACAGGCAACAUCUAUGUUGGUAAAUACGAUCCGAGGCCAGGCCGAAUCUCACCCAGAUUCUGAUGUACAGAAACGACUGUUGGCCGCAGCAAAGGCACUUGCCGAUGCCACUGCUAAGAUGGUUGAAGCUGCGAAGGGAUGUGCAUCUAAUCCGAAUGAUUCUGACCGCCAGCAACAUUUACGUACUGCAGCAGAGGAACUACGGUCAGCUACAAAUACUGCUGCUAGUAAUGCAUUGAAGAAAAAACUUGUUCAGAGACUUGAGAGUGCAGCAAAGAACGCAGCAACGGCCUCCACACAGCUAAUUAAUGCAUCAGGUAGUGCUAAUAAAACAAACACCAACAAAACAUCACAACACGAUCUAGAAGUACAAUGCAAGACAGUUAAUGAGGAGCUUCCUGCAUUGGUUCAAGGAUUUAGGGGUGUGGCCAACAACCGGGACAGUGCCAGAGCUCAGCUUACCCUGCUCAAGUCUGCACAGGAAUUUGUUCAGCCUGCUAACUCACUAGUGAAUGCCGCCAACGCUGCGGCACCAACUGUGACCGAUCAAGCAGCAGCCACCAAUCUUCACUGGAGUGUCAAGUCUAUGUCGGCAGCUCUAGCCGAGUUACGUACUGCCUCGUCCAAGGCCCAGGAGGUGCUAGGAUUUAUGGAACUGGAGAGUGCUCUGGAAGAGGUUCAGGAACUGGAUAGAGAACUUAUCGAGAUGAAACAGUCCGCCCAUGAUGGCACUCUUAGACCACUGCCUGGUGAAACGGCGGAGUCCUGUGGGGCAACUCUUGGUGCAAACUCUAAGAAAGUGGGAUCUGCUAUGGCUCAACUUCUCACAGCUGCAGCGCAGGGCAAUGAUAAUUAUGUAGGAAUUGCUGCACGUGACACAGCCAAUGCUCUACGUGUAUUUGUUAACGCUGCACGAGGAGUUGCCGCCAACUCGAAGGACAAACAAGAACAGCAACUCAUUCUGGACAGUGCUCGUGAAAUUAUUGCCCGGUCUAACGAGCUUCUAGAAGCUGCUAGAGAAGUAAUUGACAAUCCGAACAAACCUGAUAAUCAACAACGAUUACAACAGGUGGCAAAGGCAGUAUCACACUCACUGGACACUUGCGUGAACUGUCUACCUGGACAGAGGGACGUGGAUAUUGCCAUCCGACAAAUCACAGAGACCAGUCAAUCUCUCUCCUCACAAAGGUUUCCGAGUACGAAUCGUUCGUUCACGGAGGUACAGGGAGAUAUGACUGAUGCGGCAGCUAAUCUGAACACUGCCGCUAGUGACAUCAUCACCAACUCGAGAACAACAACAACACAACUCUCUAAAUCAUCGGAACAUUAUAGCAAAGUUUACCAACAAUUUGUGGACACUGGUCUUACACUUGCAGGUCUUGCUAAGGAUGGUGAUACACAGAACCAGAUAGUCGGUGGUUUAAAGAGCGUUUCCAUGGUAUCCUCUAAGUUAUUAUUAGCUGCAAAAAGUGUUUCUAUAGAUCCUAACGCCCCCAACGCAAAGAAUUUAUUAGCUCAGGCGGCUAGAGCUGUGACAGAGAGUAUAAAUCAGUUGAUCAACAUCUGUACAGUGUCUGCUCCUGGACAGAAAGAAUGUGAUAAUGCUCUACGUCAAAUUGAGAUGAUGAAAUCGUGGUUAGAUAACCCUAACGAACCUGUCAGUGACAUGCCGUACUUUGAGUGCCUUGAUACAGUCAUUGAAAAAUCCAAGUAUUUAGGUGGUGCUAUGACCGGGAUGACAAACUUCGCAAAGAAAGGUGAGACGGACGAGUUCUGCUCGUCUGUACAAAGUUUCUCCUCAUCUGUUUGUGGCCUUACAGAAGCUUCUGUCCAGGCUGCGUACCUAGUAGGUAUUGCUGACCCAGCCUCGGAGCCAGGUCGUCCAGGGCUAGUGGAUCAGUCCCAGUUCUCGCGUGCCAACCAGGCCAUACAGAUGGCAUGCCAGAACUUAACCAACCCAGCCAGCUCACAACAACAGCCUUUCGUUUUGACAGCACAGUUAGUGGUGCUAUCUGCAGCUACAGUGGUAGCUAAACAUACGUCGGCUCUAUGUAACGCCUGCAGACUAGCGUCCAGUAAGACUGACAAUCCCGUAGCGAAAAGACAUUUUGUACAAAGUGCUAAAGAUGUUGCUAACAGUACGGCUAACUUAGUCAAGGCAAUCAAGGCAUUAGACAGCAAUUUUACGGAAGAAAAUCGCCAGAAAUGUGCGGAGGCUGCUAAACCAUUGGUGAAUGCCGUAGAUGAAUUAACAACUUUUGCCUCGUCACCGGAGUUUGCCUCUAAACAAGCCAAGAUUAGUCCUAAGGCGCGACAGGCUCAAGAACCAAUCACAUCAGCUGGUAAAUCACUUAUUGAUGGUGCAUGUAAGAUGUUAGAAGCUGCGAAACAAUUGGCUAUCAAUCCUAAAGACCCGCCCACCUACCAACUCUACUCCAAUCACUCGAAGAGUGUUUCUGAUUCUAUAAAGAGAUUAGUCUCAGCAAUAAGGGACAGUGCACCUGGUCAGAAGGAAUGUGACGAGGCCAUCGAGAACGUUAACAAAUCUAUCCGAGAUCUGGACCAGGCCUCGCUUGCGGCAAUAUCUGGCAACUUACCUUCCCGUACAGAGAGAUCACUCAGAUCAUACCAAGAACAGAUGAUCAGCUGCUCGAGAGAAAUUCUUGAAACAAUUGAAAAUGUGAAGAAAGCCGCGUCUAGAGAACCAGAAAAUCUCGGUCAUUUGGUAACAAAGAUGGCAAAUUAUCUGGAUCCGUUAUCGGAGGCAGCGGUUGGGGCAGCUUCGUUGAUGAACAAUUCAAAACAACAGAUGAGCACCCUAGAUCUGACAAAGACUGUUAUAGAAUCUGCUCUACAAUUCUUGUACUCUUCAAAAGAAGGAGGUGGAAAUCCCAAGGCAUCAACAACACAAGAGAAUAUAACAACCGCCGGUGACGAUAUGAAGGACGUAGUACAGGAUCUCCUACAAAUGUUAGAGGAGUCAGUGUCCCAGGCUGGCGAGGUUACGACCAUGAUCGAUAAAAUCAGCAAGUCAAUCACCAAGACGGAUGAGAGAAUAGAGUUGAAGCAAGGACUUGGAUUUGUCGACUAUCAAACCAACAUGGUUAAACUGGCCAAAAAUAUCGCCAAGACUUCACAGGAUAUGGUUGGUAAAUCGGGCACAGAUGUAGAAAAUCUUGGAUUACUGGCCAAUCAGCUGACAAGAGACUUUGACCUUCUGGCCAGUGACUCUAGAGGGGCAGCGACAUCGGCACAAAAUGCUGAGAUUUCUAGUAGAAUACGUGUGAAUGUACAAGAUCUAGGUAAAAGUUGUAUAGAGCUUGUCCAGGAUGCAGGUAAUCUACAGGCAAACCCGAGUGAUUCAUACGCUAGACAAGAUAUUACACAACAUGCACGCAGUGUCACUGAAAAGGUAUCAUUUAUCCUGGCAACACUUCAAUCUGGCUCUAGAGGUACCCAGGCAUGUAUUAAUGCUGCCCACACUGUCAGUGGUAUAAUUGCGGAUCUGGACACCACGAUUAUGUUUGCCACGGCUGGAACAUUGAACGCCGAUGGUGAUGAAAGCUUUGCUGAUCAUCGAGAAAACAUAUUGAAGACAGCUAAAGCUUUGGUUGAAGAUACAAAGACACUGGUGGCUGGUGCAGCCUCCAACCAAGAGCAGCUGGCUGGUGCCGCCCAAAUGGCAGUUAAAACUAUCACGCGCCUGGCUGAUGUGGUCAAGUUUGGAGCUGGUUCUCUCGGCUCAGAACAGCAAGAGGCACAGGUGUUACUGAUUAACGCAGUGAAAGACGUAGCAUCCGCUCUCUCGGAUCUUAUAAGUGCCACAAAGAAUGCAUCCGGCAAGAACGUUCAAGAUCCUGCCAUGUUACACUUAAAAGAGUCUGCUAAGGUUAUGGUUACCAAUGUGACAUCAUUAUUGAAGACGGUGAAAUCAGUGGAGGACGAGGCUACACGAGGUACACGUGCCCUCGAGUCUACUAUCGAGGCUAUUGGACAAGAGAUCAAGACUUAUGAAAGCACACCUCAGGCAUAUGAAGCCAACCCUGCCACAGACAAGAAAGCCACAGCUGAAGACCUUAUUAGAUACACUAAGCCUAUCACCCAGGCAACAGCGAAAGCCGUUGCCGCGGGUAACAGUGGUCGUCAAGAGGAAGUUAUUGUAGUUGCCAACAUGGGCAGGAAAGCUGUGUUCGAUCUACUAGGUGUAUCCAAGGCUGCUGCAGCAUCAGCAGAAACUCAUGAUGUUAGAAGUAAGACUGUACUAGCUGGAAGUACAUGUGCAUCUGCAUAUAAAAGACUACUGGAACAAGUCAAUGUGGUUUUACAGAAACCGUCAGUAGAAGCUAGGCAACAACUCACUGUCUUAUCUAGAAAUGUAGCUACUGCAGUAUCGGAAAUCGUUCAUGCUGCCGAGGCUAUUAAAGCAAGUUACAGGAUGAACCCAUUCUGGCCCUUAAACCGGCAAUCAUACUACGAAGGAACAGACUGGGUGGAUCCCGAGGAUCCUACUGUUAUUGCUGAGAAUGAGUUACUUACAGCAGCAAGUUCUAUCGAGGCCGCGGCCAAGAAGUUGUCACAGCUUCAACCAAGACAGAAGGCAAAGGCUGCUGACAUGUCACUCAGUUUUGAUGAACAAAUUCUCGAGGCUGCCAAAUCUAUUGCAGCUGCUACUGCGGCACUCGUGAAGUCGGCCUCAGCUGCGCAGAGAGAACUGGUGGCACAGGGCAAGAGUGGAUAUGCACGAAGAAAACCGUUUGGGGCGCCCGACCCCUCAAAAAUGACUGCGGUUGGUGCCACGUAUCAUAGAAACGACACUGAUGAUGAUGGACAAUGGUCACAAGGUCUUAUUUCAGCAGCAAAGAUGGUGGCUGCUGCAACACACAGUAUGUGCGAGGCCGCUAACACUAUGGUGCAGGGUAAUGCCAGCGAGGAGAAAUUGAUUGCGUCAGCGAAGGAGGUGGCCGCCUCAACAGCCGCGCUGUUAGUAGCAUGCAGGGUAAAAGCAGAUCCAGGAUCGAAGGCAAUGCAGAGGUUGCAGUCGGCAGGUAAUGCCGUAAAGAGAGCAACAGAAGCUCUGGUAGCGUCGGCACAUCAAGCGAAGGCGUACCAGGAAGAAGAGGAAUCUGUUACCAUAAAUCAACGUAUGGUUGGUGGCAUUGCCCAGGUUCUUGCUGCACAAGAAGAGAUUAUCAGAAAAGAGAAGGAGUUACAGAAAGCCCGGCAACAGUUAGCUACUAUUUAUCAACAUCAAAAUAGAUUUAAAGACAGAACAGCCGAGGAUGACUCCUCUUCAUCGUUUUAAAAAAAAGACAUUUUUCUCAGACAUUACAUAAUUGUACAAUCAUAAUUGCAAAACUCAGUCUUUAUUUUUUUGCAAUAAAACUUAACGUAUAUAAAUAUUCCGUGCUUGGAAGAAAUCGUUCUGUUGGAUGCAAAGAUUCCAAAGCACAAUUCUAAAGUGAACUUGUAUUUGAGAUUUUGAUUGGUUGAAUUUGUAGUGGAUUGUCAAAAUCCAGCCAAUGACAAGAGUGGAAAAGUUGAUAGUUUCUGAUUGGUUGCUGCAAAAUUGAUGUUUUUCAAAAUUAGCCAAUCAGAACAUUUGUUAUAGUUUGAUGGUUUACAUGAUUAUAUUCCACAUUGAAAGGUAGUAAUUGAAGUUACAUGUUAUAAGAUUGCUUGAUAGAAAAUAUGUAAUAUUGAUAGAUAUUUAUGAAAAUCAAACCUGAGAUUAUGCUAACUAGGUCAAAGAAUAGUUUUAAUUGUAGGGGCAGAGCAAAAUUUGAAAAGAGGGUUGGACAAAGGAAGUAACUGAUUUUUUUUUCUCUCUUAAAAUAAUGAACUUCAGAAAGUGCCAUUUUGAAACAUUAUGUUAUCAAAAGAUGUGAUAAUUAAGUCUUGAAUAAAUUCAGUGAUAUUUUUUAUUGUUGAAAUUAAAACAAUAGGAUGACAUAUCAAAUUACAAGUUCUUGAACUUAUUUAAAAAAGCGUACAACAUUUAGAAGAGUUUUUCUUUUUCUUCAUUUUGUUCACAUGGUUUUAGGGAACAUAAAUGGACCAUCUAGAGAUUUUUUACAUGAACUUUGUAAUACUUAGUGUUAGAAAAAAGACUUUAAGUUCAUCACCCGAUAAAAACCAUUUUAGUCAUUGAACAUUAGUAAUGCUAAUAACUAAAUAAAAAAGGUAAUUAGAUGGGAGUUUAUAUUAUUGCAUAUAUAUACAUACACAUAAACUGCUGAAUUAUUGUCUAAAACAUUUUUUAUUGAACGAUACCCAUUCAUGAGUUUUGAAUGUAUAUUUGUUUUUAUUUAACUGUAUUAGUCUAUGUUUAGAUGUAAAGUAAUGAUAUAAUUACAUUGAUUAUAUAAAAUGCAGGCUUCAAGGCAAUAUAGUGUAAAGUUUACAGCUUUUUUUGUAAUAAAAAGUGAUAUUCUCCUUCUAUGUAACCAUACACGCACAAUUUACAUUCUCUUUGCACCCUUAUAACCUUUGAACUAUUAUGUUAAAUUUAACUCAUUGUAAACUUUCUCUCUCCCUCCUGAGUUAAUUGUAUCCUCCUGGGUUUGUUGUAUCUUUGGCAUAAGAAUGUCAAAAAUGUCCAACAUGUUUUCCCUACACCAGAAGUAAAGAAUUCCACUUUAUUUGUUUGGCUGAUUCCAUAUACGAUAGUAGGGUACAAAGUAUUUUUUUUUAUUGAAAUGAAAAUAUGAGGAUGGUUUUACCUGAUUGAUUAAUAAACUGAAUGAUUGAUUGAUUGAUUGAUUAAUGGAUUGAAGAUUUGACUUUUAGUGUAUUAAGGUGAUGCUUACACUAAGGGUUGGGGAGGAUAGGGAGAAAGAGAUUAUUGUCGAGCAUUUAUUUCUUACUAUGAGUUUACUUCUAACACUUUUCUAAUCCUGAUAAUAGAUAAUAUUCUUCCCCUUUAUAUAACCUGUUAGCCAACUUUAAACAGUGCUAUACUUUUUAUACAUAUCAAUUUAUAUAAUGAUUUUUUUAAAUAUAUUUGAAAAACAAUGUUUUUGUAUGUAUUGUAAAAAAAAACUCAUUUACAUUUUUUCAUCAUGUUCAAAUGUGUUUUGUAUUGUGUACAUUUCUGUCACAGCUUGGAUAAAAGUGACGCAGUUUUUAGUUUGAAUUUAGAUAACUUUUUUCCAUGCUUUUUUUUCCCCAUCAAGUUGUUUGGAAAGAACACCCCCGUUUUUAUUUUUUGUCUGUAUUUUCAGUUUCUAUAGUUUUAAGCUUCCUGGGUAUAAGGGAGGGCACUCUAGCUAUGACCAGCAUUUUAUGUCCCUUUUAUUUUAUAAAGGAGUAAAAUGUAAAAAAAAUACUGGAUUUUUUUAAGUUUGAUGGAAAUUCUGUUUCAGUGUUAUAGAAAAUAAAAUCUGUGGUUUGAUAGUAUAUUGUAUAGAUUAGAAAUUUAAACAUGCACUGGCAACCAGAAUAUAUCUUUGUCACUAAAAUAUGGAGUGAAAAUUUUAACACAUUGAGAAGACAUAUACAAAUUUCCGUCUAUUUUAAGGAUGGAACUUGUGUUUAAUAUGACGGCGGAGAUAUUUUCUUGUUGCGAGCAAUUUAGUUGUUCACAUACAAGCUGUGUUAUUCUUGGAAUGUUUUGUUUAUAUUUUUGAUAGAAAAAACAACAACAACAAGCACAGCUUGAAAGACUGGUGAUAGAUGUGUGUAUGUUUUGUAUAUUUGUUAUAAAUAUUCUAUAUAUAAUGUGAUAAAUAGAAACAUUUCUGCUCUCUAUAUUACUAAACUUAAAAUUUUCUCUAAAUGUAAACCUCUUUGUUGACAAAACUCUUAUUUUGAAUACAAUAUUUGAUGAAUCUUAUUGUAAAGUCAGUUCGGGGAUUUUAUCCUGGGAACUAAGCUUAAAUGUGAGGAAUUAAUUCUCGGAACUAAGCUUAAAAACAAGGAAUUAAUCCUCGGAACUAAGCUGAAAAACGAGGAAUUAAUCCUGGGAACUAAGCUUAAAAACAAGGUAUUAAUCCUCGGAACUAAGCUGAAAAACGAGGAAUUAAUCCUCAGAACUAAGCUUAAAUGCUAGGAAUUAAUCCUUGCAACUAAUCUUAAAUCGUUAAUUUUAGACACCAAAAUGUUGUAACUAGGUCUGACAGAAAAAGAUUGAUAGAAUAAAAUAGUUUUUAUUACUUAUGUAAAGAUUUGUGUUAAAGAUACGUUACCUUUUUUAGAGAAGAUGAAUUCUUAUUUUGUUGUUUAACAUUUUUGUUUUGUCAUAAAGAGUGUUGACUUUAUCUUAGAUCUGUGUUAUAUUUGAUUGCCUUAUAAACUUUGUUAUCAUGAUGUGUUACAUAAUAGUCCUUUAUGAAAUUAUGCAAGUACGCAAACAUGUUCCUCACCAACCAGUGUAAUUGUUGAUAAAAUGGUCGUAAAUUGAAAUGUUUUAUUUCAUUCUUACAGUAGUUAUAAUAUUAGUAAGAUUGGAAAUUAUAUUUCCUUUAAAGAAAUAUUGGUAGCAAAAUUUAUCACUUCAAACUGUUAUUACUUUUGAAGUUAAUAUACAGUAUAAGUUAAAAACCAUAUCCUGCAGGACCUAAGUGUGAUUGUUCUUUGUUGCCAGUAUAGAGCCGGGCCAGUCUGAACAUCUUUGUAGUCUGACCAGGGUCGGUCCUGUUGGCUGACUUUACUUUAAAUUUUUCAUCUUGAUAUCCCUUCAAAAUUGUUGAUUAUGGACAGUUCCAGAAACGCAAGUUUGGACAAGUUCAUUUAAGAAAUUAGGCGGGAUUAAGGGUUAUAAAUGCAUGUUUUUGUAUAUGUUUGACAUAUCUGAACAGAGGUACAGUAGAAUCUCACAGCAGUCAUCAUGUCACUGUUAGUAUAUAUGAAAAAGUAAACCUAAUCAUUGAGCCACGCACUGACAAAACCAACAUAGUGAGUUUGCAACCAGCAUGGAUCAAGACCAGCCUGGGCAUCCGCACAGUCUGAUCAGCAUCCACAACAUUGCUAACAAAUUCUAUUACAAGUAGAGAAACUGAUAGCAAACACAUGAAUCCUGAUCAGACUGCGCGGAUGCGCAGGCUGGCCUGGGUCCAUGCUGGUUGCAAAACCAUUACAUUGGUUUUGUUGUGACGCGGCUCAUAUAAUGAUGUCGCAUUCGUCACAGCAAAUAGGAUUAAACUGUGAAGAUAUUCAAAUCAAACAAGAACUAUUAAGAAUAUCCUAUAUUUCAUUUUGGUGUAUUUGGUGUGCUUUCUUUUUGUCAAAUGAUCAUUUUUUGCAAGUUUUGAAUAUUUUUUAAGGGAAUCGAAAGUGCCAUACGAAAAGUGCUGACUCAUGACAAAACCAUCGCAAAUUUCUUCUAAUUACAAACUAAAUAAAUUUAUUAUAUACUUAUAAAUGAAAUAUUGAGAAAUAUUGAUGAAAUAAAAUGCGUAUUUUCAUUUUCCGUAUUUUCACUGUAAAAAUUUAUUUUUCACUGCAGUGAAACAUAUUUUCCGUAUUUUCACUGGUGUCUUGCCGGACUACUUUCUUUUAAAUUCUGCCAGUACACAAAAUUUAUGGGAAAGUCUUUCAAAUUUUAGUGCAAAAAAAGAGAAAAAUGUAUAUAAUAAACAGAACAUUCAAGUUUUUUCUAUAAAUACAUGAUUUAUUUUCAUCUUGUGGCAUGAAAAUUACCAUAUUUCACUCGUGGCUACCGCCACUCAUGAAAUAUUUAUUUUCAUACCACUCGAUGACAAUAAAUCAUGUAUUUAUAGAAAAAACUUGAAUAUCCUCUAUAUAUGUUAAAAAAUGAAAAAUUAAAUUAUUUUGUCUUGUCUUAAUCUUGUCUUAAUAUCUUGAGGAAAUUUUUUCGACCGUAGACUUUUUUGUUUACAGUGUCAUCAGGUAAAUUUUCGGGCUAUUUUGACAUCUUGUUUCCCAGUACAUGUCGGUCAGGUGCCCAGCAAUGGUUGAGCCACUUUUGCCAUGGCCAGUUAUCUUCUGUUAAGAUAGUUCUUGUAAAUGAUGGCUUUGUCCAUCAUUUUAAUCCUUAAUGAAAAUAUAUUUUCUAAUUUAGAAGGAAAUUAAUAUCCCUGAUCAGGGUCUACUAAAUAAUUAAGAUUGUUAAGCAUUUGAUAAUGUUGAUAAUCUGUAAUGUUAAAGGAUUCUUUUUAUAAGUUUAAUAUAUGAUUAGUUCUAAAAAUUUUAGAGAAAACAUCUUUAUUAUCGUGAAAAUGACUGUUAGGAGUUGAUUUAUCUAAUUUUAAUGGUGGAUAAAUUCAGUUCCACGUGUAGUUAAAAUAUUUAAAGUUUCUAUUAAGUAAAGGUGAACUAUUAAGAAUAUAAUGUAUAUCUAUGUGCAUGAAAAUAUUCCUUAUCUACAUUACAUCUGUUUCUAUUUGCUUAAUCUGUGUUAACUUGAAUAUCAUGUAUAAAAAUGGAUAUAUUAAUAAACAUUAUUUAAUGUGAAA